CAGGCUUGUGCAGAUUUGCACCCAGAGUCCUGAGGGACCUGGAGGCUUACUUGUACCCUUCAAUAUGAACUUCCAAGACUUCAUGAGUACUUUCCAAGACUUUGUGAGACUGGGGAGCUAAGAUCCAUGACCCGCAGGUCGUACUUGACUGCCCGUGGUUCUCUCUUGGGUACUGGUCCUGGGCUCUUCUUGGACUUCUCGGAAGAGUCGGGAAGUCUGCUUUCUGGACCUCAGUUAUCCCACCUGUGGAACGAGUUCACUGAUGAUUCCUGAACACGCUUCCCUUUGCUUCUCGAGCAGGUGGAAAGGAACCCUCGCGGUGCCGCGGAGGAAGUUUCUGCAGAUGAAGCGCAAGAAAUACGGCUUCAUUUACAAGACACAUCUAUUUGGGCGGCCCACGGUGCGGGUGAUGGGCGCGGACAACGUGCGGCGCAUCUUGCUGGGAGAGCACCGGCUGGUGUCGGUCCACUGGCCCGCGUCUGUGCGCACCAUCUUGGGCUCCGGCUGCCUCUCCAACCUGCAUGAUUCCUCGCACAAGCAGCGCAAGAAGGUGAUUAUGCAGGCUUUCAGCCGAGAGGCACUCCAGUGCUACGUGCCAGUGAUCGUUGAGGAAGUGAGCAGUUGUCUGGAACGAUGGCUGAGCUGCGGCGAGCGCGGCCUUCUGGUCUACCCUGAGGUGAAGCGCCUCAUGUUCCGCAUCGCCAUGCGCAUCCUGCUGGGCUGCGAGCCCCCACGGGCGGGCAGCGGGGAGGCAGAGCAGCAGUUAGUGGAAGCCUUCGAGGAGAUGACCCGCAAUCUCUUCUCGCUACCCAUCGACGUGCCUUUCAGCGGGUUGUACCGGGGCAUGAAGGCGCGGAACCUCAUUCACGCGCGCAUCGAGGAGAACAUUCGAGCCAAGAUCUGCCGGCUGCGGGCGGCGGAAGCAGACAGGGGCUGUAAAGACGCACUGCAGCUGUUGAUUGAGCACUCGUGGGAAAGGGGAGAGCGGCUGGACAUGCAGGCACUAAAGCAAUCUUCAACCGAACUACUCUUUGGAGGACACGAAACCACUGCCAGUGCAGCUACAUCUCUGAUCACUUACCUGGGACUCUAUCCACAUGUUCUCCAGAAAGUUCGAGAAGAGCUAAAGAGUAAGGGUUUACUUUGCAAGAGCAAUCAAGACAACAAGUUGGACAUGGAAAUUCUGGAACAACUUAAGUAUAUAGGGUGUGUUAUUAAGGAGACCCUUCGACUGAACCCCCCAGUUCCAGGAGGGUUCCGGGUUGCUCUGAAGACUUUUGAAUUAAAUGGAUACCAGAUUCCCAAGGGCUGGAAUGUUAUCUACAGUAUCUGUGAUACUCAUGAUGUGGCAGAUAUCUUCACUAACAAGGAGGAAUUUAAUCCUGACCGCUUUCUGCCGCCUCACCCAGAGGAUGCAUCUAGGUUCAGCUUCAUUCCAUUUGGAGGAGGCCUUAGGAGCUGUGUAGGCAAAGAGUUUGCAAAAAUUCUUCUCAAAAUAUUUACAGUGGAGCUGGCCAGGCAUUGUGACUGGCAGCUUCUAAAUGGACCUCCUACAAUGAAAACCAGUCCCACCGUGUAUCCUGUGGACAAUCUCCCUGCAAGAUUCAUUCAUUUCCAGGGAGAAAUCUGAUGGGCAUGAAUCCUCAAACCUUGGACUUAUUUGAAGUGUACAUAUGAGUUUUUAUAUACUGUUGUGACUUAUAUUUAAUUUCUAAAUGAUAUUAUAAUAUUUAUGUGUCUCUACUAUAGUACCAUGGUCUUUAAAUAUUAAAAUAAUGAAUUUGUAUAAUUUCCAAAUGAAAUAAAAUUUGAAACUACU